AUGGAACCUUACAGGAGCCUCCUCAAGAUAAGCGAUGUUCCCGACCAUGUGCAUUAUGUUGUGGCGUUCUUCAUCCUGGUCAUCGGUGCCCUGGGAGUGACAGGGAACGCACUGGUCAUGUUUGCAUUCUACAGUAAUAAGAAGCUGAGGAAUCUACCGAACUACUUCAUCGUGAAUUUGGCAGUGAGCGACUUCCUCAUGGCCAUAACUCAGUCGCCCGUCUUCUUCAUUAACUGCCUUUAUAAGGAGUGGAUGUUUGGAGAACUCGGCUGUAAGAUGUACGCGUUUUGUGGAGCUCUCUUCGGUAUAGCAUCGAUGAUCAGUCUGUUGGCCAUUUCCAUCGACCGUUAUCUGGUCAUCACCAGGCCACUGCAGACCAUCCAGUCAAGCUCCAAACGGCGCACCUCAUUGGCCAUAAUCCUAGUGUGGCUCUAUUCUCUGGCCUGGAGCCUUGCUCCUCUCAUUGGGUGGAGCUCCUAUAUCCCAGAGGGUUUAAUGACCUCCUGUACUUGGGACUAUGUGACCUACUCGAUGGCUAACAGGAGCUACACGCUAAUGCUCUGCUGCUUUGUAUUUUUCAUCCCAUUGGCCAUCAUCUUCUACUGCUAUCUCCUCAUGUUCUUCGCCAUCCGCACCGCUAGCAGAGAUGUGGAGAAGCUGGGCUCCCAAGUAAAAAAAUCCAGUGUGGUCCAGCAGCAGUCAAUGAAGACCGAAUGGAAACUGGCUAAAAUUGCGUUUGUGGUGAUAGUGGUUUAUGUCCUCUCCUGGGCCCCUUACGCCUGUGUGACUCUCACUGCAUGGGCAGGGUAUGCUGAUAUCCUCACUCCAUACUCUAAAACAGUGCCAGCAGUUAUAGCUAAAGCAUCAGCUGUGUACAACCCUCUCAUCUACGCCAUUAUACACACCAAGUACAGGUAA